AUGGAAAGUGAUGAUAUUAUUGAGUUGGGUUCGUCAGAUGAUGAAACUGUCGAACCGGCAGCCAAAAAAAUCAAACCUUUACCAAAUGCAAUGAGAAAAAUGGCAAAAUCACACCAAGAAGUAAAUUGUGACACUACUACAAAAGAAAAAGUGACUGAGGAUUUUGAAGAGGAAGAUAAAUACGACCGUAAGCGGGGGAGACAAAUACGUAAAUUAGAAAAGACUAUCAAGAAACUUCAUAGGGCAAUACAAAAGUUGGAGGAACAAGAGGUUGAUUUUGAUGAUGAAGAAGAUUCUGUCUAUUUGCUGACUGAGAGGUAUAAGGAAAGGUUGGUACGAGUGCACACGAAAUUUUGUCAACUUACCAAUACCAAAAUGCCCUCGGAGCCACAUAUUCAAAUACAAUGUCGUCCCGGACAGCCGCCAGGACCUGCAAAGAGGCUCGAAAAGUGGAUCAACAAAAAAGUUCCCCUAGGCGCUCCACUUCCUUUUCCUGACUUUCAUGAUGUACUUAAAUGUGUUAGACAAGCUAAUGAGGAAGACAGGCUUGGGUGGAAUGAGGCUGAUGUAAUGGAAGAAGCACGAGAUCUCUUUACAAGGUGUGGACGAAAGUUGCAAAGGAGACGACAAGAAAAUGAAUGGAGAUUAGCGACAUCACGAAUAACACAAGAGAGGGACCCAGCUGAAGAAAAUGAGACCCUUAAAAAGAAAUUAGAUGAAAAUAAGACGAUAGCGGGCACAAAAGAGACUGAACUUGUCAAUAAAUAUGCAGAUAAACAAAAUCAGCUAAAACUAGAGGGUGUUGAAAUCGACGAUAAAGAAGCUGAUGAAUCACCUGUGGAAAGCGAAGAGGAAGAAGUUAACGAUGACGGCAAUUCAUUACAGGAUAAACAAAAAAGAAAAGAUCGUUUAAGAAGACUUUUGGAAGAGAAAUCUAGAAAGUCUGGUGAGGGUAGUAAAAUAGCUGAAAAUAUGUAUCCGAACAAGGAUGGCUCUGACGAUGUUCACAUAAUAAGGGAUGAAGAAAAGUUUGUGGAAAAUGACGCUACUAAAAUCGAUAGUACUAUUAACUCUGAAGAUAUGAAGAAAACUGUAACGAGUACCAUUGAAAACGUGAUGGAGGAUGAAAAAACACAAAAGGGCAUUGAUAGAGAUAAUAUUACAUUAGAAGUAUCGUGUGAUGUGGACAAAGAUGACAAAAAUAGUCAAGGGUGUAAAAAUCCCAAUGCACCUACUGUAAUUAAAUUAACGACUGAAGUUGACUACAAUGAACGUAUAAAUUUGGUUAGUGAUGAUUCUGAUGUUGAGGAACUAAAUCUUUUAGAAAAGUUACAUUCAGGCGACGAAGUAUCGUCACCAGAUUCUUCAGACUGCGAUGAUUCACCUAUUGCGAUAUCGGAUACGUUAGAAUCAAACAGUGAGUCUGAAAACAAUGAAACAUAUGAUGUUAUCAGUAUAGAAAAUUCUAGUUAUUCCGAAUCAGAGAUAGCCAAAGAUGAUACGUAUACGACGACAUUUGAAAAAGAUAUGAAAAUUACAAAAAAUCACCAUCAUGCUAUGACUAAUUUACAUGUUGAAUCCCAUUAUGUCGAUAGUCAAGAAUGUGCCGUUGAAGAGAUAUUGGAGUAUCAAGAAAAUUGUGAGAAAGCUGUUGAGGAUUCUGAGAACAUUCUACUUGCUUCUUCCGAAGACGAUGACAGUAUGAACAAAGAUAUAGGAUUAAGUAAAUUAUGUGGUAAUUAUAUUAAUCUUAAAGACGACGACAUAACAAUCAGUGAAACACAAGUGCAGGAAGUUCCAUCUAAAAAUCAUGCUAUGGAUAAAAAUGUUGAUUGUGAGAUGCCUCAAACAGUUUUAAAUGUUGAAAAAUCUGAUUUUAAUACUGAUAGACAUAUACAGGAAGAAAGUCCUAUUAUAUUAAAUAAGCAGAAAAAUUGUAAAGAGACUAUAGUACAUGUACAAGAAGCAGUAAAGUGUAUUGAAUCACUAAAAAAUGAAAAUGCUGAUGGAUAUAGGUCAACACUGGACCAUAAGGAUGCUAAGGCAGCUCAAGCUUCAGUCAUGGCUACAGGUGCUAUUGUAUGGAAUGAAAGGGUGGCAAAUGAUGAAUCUCUCCUAAAAGUUUUGGAGGCCGAUGGAAGUCAUUGUGGAAAUAUGGCUUCCAAUGAUCCCCCUUCUGUUAAAAGUCAUGAGCCAAUAGAUCCAGAUUUAAAAUUCAAAAGUGUAGAAAUGAUACUUGAAGCAAUGUUCAAUUCAACAGAAAAC